ACGUGCUUGUUAUCGCUUUUACGACGUAAUGGUUACUAAUAAACGUGCUGAUAAGGCCAAUAAGGCCGUCGUACAUUUGGUAUGAUUUAGAAGUUGAACUUCCUAUUUACUCAUCUGUGUGCAGUAGUGCUGCUAUUUGAUAACGUGCGAUAUCGGAGCACGAUUAACAGAUUGUGGCGUGUCACGUUGACCCUCUCUUUGGGCGUUGUCAUGCUUCUUCGUCCUUUCCUGCAAUCGUUCAUACGAAAGAUAACGACGCUCGGCGUCCAGGAAAAACUACAAACUGCCGGGGGCCAUAAAAGAGGAAAGGGGGUUCGAGGGCUUUAUGUGGCUGCGACAGCUCAUUCCAGUAGGUCAAGUUCCUCGGUCAACUUCAAAAGGGAGAACGUUUGUGAUACGGAGGCGCAUAUUCCCCACUUCGAAAUGUCGGGACACAAGACACAGAACAGGCUGCUUGUCCUGCAUCCUACGGACGAGCCAGUCGAGAAGGCCUAUAAGAAACUAGUUGCAGACCUCACAACUACGACGCACUCCUCGCCGAUGGCCGAUGUCGCCAAAACCCUCAGACAGGUCCUGGACUACAACGUUCCGCACGGAAAACGUAAUCGCCUCAUGGCCGUUGUCCACACCUACCAGCUACUCUCUGACAAAGAAGCACUACCGGAUAAGAUCGAGCUAGCUUGUCUAGUCGGCUGGUGCAUCGAGUUGCUUCAGGCCUAUUUCCUGAUAGCGGAUGACAUCAUGGACAAGUCGACGAUGAGGCGCGGCCGGCCGUGCUGGUACACGGUGGAAGGCGUGGGACUGCGUGCCAUCAACGACGCGUUCUUCCUCCAGGGUGCAGUGUUCAGGGUGCUCCGCGAAAACCUGGGCCACUUGGCAGUGUACCAUGACCUAGUAGAACUGUUCCUCAACAUCAAUUACAGCACAGUAGAAGGCCAGUGCCUCGACAUGCUUUCCAGUCCAGAAGGCACGACGCCUGACCUGAAGGAAUUUACGGACCAGCGCUACGCUGCCAUCGCAGAGCACAAGACAGCGUAUUACUCUUUCGUACUGCCCAUACGUGCCGGCAUGUAUGUGGCUGGUAUAAGUGACCCCCAGCAACAUGCAGACGCCGAGAAAGUGGCUGUCAAGAUAGGUCAUGCCUUCCAAGUCCAGGAUGACUUCUUGGACAUCUACGGCAACCCGGAGCACGUGGGAAAGAUUGGUACGGACAUAGUAGACGGCAAGUGCAGUUGGCUCGUGGUCAAAGCUCUCCAGCUCAUGAAUGCUCGUCAACGGGAAACAUUCACGGCACACUUUGCGUGUGGGAAACCCGGAGGUCCCGACGAACUGGCCAUCAAAGCACUGUACGACGAACUGGGACUGGUGGAGCUCUACAACACAUACAUAGCUCAGACGUUUCAAGCAAUCGAUGAGAUGCUGGAGAAGCCGUGGGGACACCCUUCCCUACCCGCUGUCUUCCGAGAGGUCAUGAAGGCAAUUUUAAAACGCACAAAAUAAAAUGUAAAAAAUACGCACAAGGUGUUGCCACACCGUAAAAUAAAUUGUAUCUAUUUAUGUAACCUUCAAGACGAGUUCACUCCUCGCAUUUUAACACAUCCUGUACGCAAUAUGUGGAACAUAAAUAUUAAAAAAUUGGAUCUACUACUGACAGUAGAUAAUAAAACUGUGCUUUACACCUUUG